CAGGCAGACUCCAUGGCUGUAGAUAACAGAGAAAUGCAGCUGGUAAUGAAGGAAUUAGGAAUUUGACUAAAGCCCUGCUGCUCAGAGUUCUUUGAUGAAAACCACAUGUGAAGCAAGGGAGGAGGUGAGGGGUUUGGUGCAGCUUCAUCAGGACUGAAAUCUGGUCUCAGCUGAUCCAGGAGGAGAGGAGGAGGAGAGCGCUGAUCCUCGUGGACAAAGUGAACCUUUUUAUUUCUACAAGCCGGAGACAAGAAGAAGCUAAACUAAAGUAAAGAUGUCCAAAGCUCUGGUGAGGAGAAACUCCAGCAAGCAGGGCUUACAGAACCUGAUGAGACUUACCUCCCAGAGGAGCAUUGAAGAUGCUGAGGAGGUGGAGCGGGAGCGUCGUCAACGAGCUCGACGGUCUUUACGACAAAGGAACAAUGGCUUGACACCUGACGAUUUUACACCAGACACCGAGAUGCCAGCAAAGGAGAACAUGUGGCAAAGCGACAUGAAGUCCGACAGUUCUCCUUCUAUUGAGGUGGACGAGGGCUUCAGUGACUGGACUCAGCGCAGAGAGAAACAGAGGCGGCAGCAGGAGCUCAGCCAGGACGGCAGUGAGGAGGAGAACCUAGAAGAGGACCUGGAGAACAAAGUUGUUACAAAGAAGUUCCCUCAGGCCUUCAGGAUGUCCUCCAGCCGAUUCCAGAUGCCAGAGCAAAAAGAAAAUGUGACUACCAGCGAGAAGGAGAGGAGGAAUGAAGGAGAGGAUGAAGAAUGGAGGAAGAAAGAGAGGGACAUGUUGAUUUCAAACAGGAAGGAGGAGAUUCAGAUCAGCCUGCAAAACAAAGAGAUCAUUGUGUGCAGCAGAGAUGGAGCCAUUCUGGGCGCGGAGCAGCAACUGCAGAACUUCCACAUGGACUUGCAGGAGGAGAACCAGGAGCUGGAGAGGCACCGACACAGACGGGUCCAAGCUAAGUGGAACCAACAGGAGCUGAGGAGGUGUGGGGAGGACAGACGUGAAUUUCAGGAAGAAGAUGAGCAACAGAGGAAAGGGCAAAAACAGCAACAGCUGCCCAAAGAUGAGGACAGAAAGGGUGUGAAUGUGGGCGUGGCCAACCGGAUCACUCAGUGGGUAAAAAGCCCCUCAGACAGCAGCAACAGACCUCCAACAUUCAGGCCAAUUAUUGUGAAGCCUGGUGAUGUGAUGCACAAGAAGAACAUGUGGGAGGUAAUCGGAGACUCAUCGGGGAGUUUAGAACAAAGAACAAAGCCUGCAGCAGCUGGUAAAAAGUACAAGUUUGUCAUUACUGGUCACGGAAAAUACGAGAAGAUUCCUGUGGAUAACACAAAUGAUGGAGAACUUAACUGAAGGAUUCACAGCACGACUGACAGGAAGUAGCAAAACACUGUAACGCUGGUUUAGGAAUAGUGGUCCUUUAGAUUUAUGUUAUCCUGCUACAUGAAUAAAGUAAUCUUCAUGACAUUCCUGCUGAGCACGCUAAAGAUGCAUCAAAAAGUCUGAUUGAACUUUUCAUUUAUUUAUAAUCCACAACAGUCUCCUCCUCUGGUGUCCAGCGGUCACUGGGCGAGAGGCAGUGGACGCCCUGGACAGGUUAACCCAGACAGCUAGCUUUUAAUCCUAACCCUAACCAAUCUAAACGCAGAUAAAACGGGACAAAACAAACCUCUUCCACCUCCCGACUAACUGUUCAUGACAGGGAGAGAAGAUGAUGGAUCAAAUUACAUGAUAAUCCCAGAUUAAAGCCCCCUGACAACUAAUGAUACUUUUACAUUGUGGAAAAUGCAGACGUACCAUUUUAUUUACAGAGGCAACAAAAAGGACACUGAGGCCAAUUCCCACAGAACUGGACCAGAAGAGACUGGAAAGACUUUUCCUGGUCUGAUGAGUCUAGAUUUCAGCUAUCGGGUCAGAACCUGGUGUCACCAACACGAAGCAUGGUCCAUCCUGCCUCGUAGCAAUGCUUCAGGCUGCUGCUGGUGUAAUGGUAGAGGUGUGGGUGUGUUCUGGCGCCACUCUGGACCCCUCAGCACCACCUGAGCCUGGUUUAACACCACUGCUUGAGUGUUGUUGCUGACACGUCCACUCCAAACAGCUUUGCUACGUUUGUUCUGUGUUUUUUAUCCCAUUUCCCUUUUUGUGGUUCUCCACACACAGAGCAAACAGAGCUGGUUUUUACCUUUCCAGCGUUUUUCAGCAUCCACUGUAACCUUCAGCAGAGCAACCUCUGAUGUUGGUGGCAUCACAUCCAAUUAUGAGCGGGCCUCAGAGGAUGAAUUUGUCCCCUGCUGCCCGCACCUUCUCCGCGGAUCACCGUGUCUCAUGAGUGGUCCAGCGUGUAAACUCCUUCGUCUCUGUUCAUGGUCUUGGGUCCACGUCUCCUUAUCCCAAUGGCUUCUUUGAGCUAUCUUUUGAAUUUCUGCUGCUGUGUUUAUGAUCCGUGUGCAGUCCCAGUCCAUGCUUUUCUCUUGUUAAGUGGUCUGUUACGACUCAUUUUUUAAAUCAUGCUUUCUGCUUCGUGUUUCACUGCUUUUGUGUGCCUUCCACUUGUUUCCUUCUCACCCUUUUUCUGUUAUGUUUAUGUCCUUUGCAUGGUAUUUCGUAAAUGACCAUGAACAGGGACAAUGGAGACUACACGCUGGAUCACUCAUGGGACUUGGUGAUCAACGAAGGCGCAGUAUGACGAAGAACCACAAGAAAUUUAAACGUCCAUUCUUUUAUGACCACAUGGACCCAUCUUCUGAUGCUACUUCCAGCAGGAUCAUGCACCAUGUCACAAAGCUCAGAUCAUCUCUAACUGGUUUCAAGAACAUGACCAUGAGUUCACUGGACUCCAGCGACCUCCACAGCCGCCAGAUCUUCGUCCAGUCCAGAACCUUUGGGAUGUGGUGGAAUGGGAGGUUCUCACCAUGGAUGAGAUGACGCUAUCAUGUCUGGAUUUCCUACCUGGUACUAGCAUGUGCAUCUAAUAAAGUUUUCUUACAUCCAGGUUCUCAGUCCUUGAUGGCUACCAGCGCAUCAUUGUGUCAAGUUCAGCAGAAGCCUGUUUAUCACUUAUUCGUUUAACUCAUGUGUUGUAUUUUUGAAGACAUUACUGUCAGAACAGAAGAUGGGACAAACUACGUUCCAAACCAGUUUUUUAUGCUGGUAGAUUUGCUUUUGUUGUUUUUAUUUGUCUGUAGUUCGUGAAGGACAACAACACCCACGUGUCCAUUCGCACAUUUGAUUACUGGUCAAACUGUGACCUUCUUGCUCAAAGGCAGCAGCACGAACCAUGUUGCACCGUCAGUGGUAAUAAAACAUAUUAAAACACAUAA